UAAAGAUAUAUACAUCUCUAUAGUUUCCUUCCUUCAUGAUAAAAUAUUAUAUUUAAUGAGAAAGGAAUAUUCCUCAAAAUGUGUGAUCUGUAUAUCGGGAGAGAGACAUGCAGCUUUUUGAAAGGGAAACAUUAUUAGAUGAAGCUCUGGUGCUUCUGGUUUUUAAUAGAUAUUCAAGGAAAUAUGGUUUCUAAUUUAAGUGUGCCUAAUUAAUUCGUCUGCAUUGUCUAUUAAAAGGGGCCGGGGGAAGAGAAGGAAAACGAAAAGAAAAGAAAAGAAAAGAAAAAGAAAGGAGAUCAGGCAGAGGACAGGAAGCAGUAGAUUUGCUUGCGAGCAUGACUAUCAAAAGAGGAGUUGCAGGCUUGAAUGAGGAGCAGCAGGACAUCAUCGGCUGGUUCGAUGGGGUGGCCGAGCGUGCGGCUAGUGCCCAAACAGAGACACUUCGGCGGAUCAUCGAGAUGAAUCACCGGACCGAGUACUUGAGCAAGUGGCUUGGCAGUGAUACAGAGAUCCAACAAGCUGAAGGGGAGGAAUUGGAGAGGAUGUAUACUCGUCGUGUCCCUCUGGUCAAUCAUGCAGACCUAGAACCGUACAUCCAGAGGAUUGCCGAUGGGGAUGACUCCCCUGUCCUCACCCAAGAACCCAUCACCACUCUCUCCCUCAGUUCAGGAACGACGGAUGGAAGACCCAAGUAUGUACCAUUCACUCACUACAGCUCGCAGUCCACUCUUCAAAUCUUCAAGUUGGCAGCUGCUCACCGAUCAAGAGUGUUCCCCCUUAGAGCGGGAGGGAGGAUAUUGGAGUUGAUAUACAGCAGCAAGCAAUUCAAAACCAAAGGAGGGCUGACAGCAGGUACAGCCACCACCCAUUACUAUGCGAGUGAGGAAUUCAAGACGAAGCAGAAGUGCACGGAGUCGUUCACAUGCAGCCCACUUGAGGUUAUAUCAGAGGGGGACUACAAGCAGUCCACCUACUGUCACCUCCUUCUUGGCCUCUACUUCUGUGACCAGGUGGACUUCGUCACCUCCGCAUUUGCCUACAGCAUGGUCCAUGUGUUCACCGCCUUUGAGGGACUCUGGGAGGAGAUUUGCCAUGACAUCCGACAAGGGUCUCUAAGUAACUCCAGAGUCACCUCUCCCAGGAUGAGGAGAGCCGUCCUGGAGCACCUCUCCCCCAACCCAUCACUGGCUCUCAAGAUCGAGAGCAAAUGCAGAGAGCUGCAGAGGUUGGACUGGUGCUGUACGAUACCUGAGCUGUGGCCCAAUGCCAAGUACAUCUAUUCCAUCAUGACCGGCUCUAUGCAGCCAUACCUGAAGAAACUGAGGCACUACGCCGGGGAGCUGCCUCUGGUGUGUGCCGACUAUGGCUCCACUGAAAGCUGGAUUGGGGUGAACCUGGAUCCCUACGCACCUCCUCAGACUGUUACUUUCACAGUCAUUCCCACUUUAGCUUACUUUGAAUUCAUCCCUCUUGUUAAUAGCCAACACAAGCGGCCCACUGAUGACGUAAUUGACUUGGACUAUCAGGAGGAUGAGCCAUUGCCAUUGUCUCAAGUUAAGCUUGGUCAGCAGUACGAGCUUGUCCUCACCACCUAUACAGGUCUGUACAGGUACAGGCUUGGAGAUGUGGUGGAGGUGGCCAGUUUCUACAAGGGAGCUCCCCAGUUAACAUUUGUGUGCAGGAGGAAGCUGAUCCUGACUAUAAACAUCGACAAGAAUACAGAAAAGGACCUCCAGCUCGCCGUAGAACGGAGCUCACAGCUGUUGGUGCAGUGCCGGGCAGAGCUUGUGGACUUUACCAGCCACGCAGACACGAGCAAGCAUCCAGGGCACUACGUAAUCUACUGGGAGAUCAAGGUGAAGGAUGGUGAUGAGAUCAGAGACCGAGUCCUGCAGGAGUGCUGCCGAGAGAUGGAUGCGGCCUUCGCUGACUACGGAUACGUGGUAUCCAGGCGGACCAAUUCAAUUGGUCCGCUCGAGCUCCGGCUUGUUAAGGACGGUACGUUUGGGAACAUACUGGAGCACUACAUAAGCAAUGGCGCUACAAUGAGUCAGUAUAAGACCCCUAGGUGCACCAACAACCCUGUGCUUCUGCGGAUCCUCGACCACAACACGGUCAAGCAUUUUUGGAGUACGGCUUAUGGCUGAGGAAUUCAUUAUAUAUAUGUAUAUAUUUAUGACCAAUGACCAUAAUAAUCUUUAUUUUUCUUCAGCCAAUGAGCUAACAUCUAACAAAUCCAAACCGUCACUGAAGUCAAUGUUGGUUCGUCGUUUGUCCCUUUUUAACUUUUCCAGUGCAUAUCAAUGGAUACUUAUAUUGUUAUGU